UCACCAUCCCCGUCAAAGUGACGUAUCAACGUGGCAUUUCCAAAAGGAGCAAUGGCGGACGAGCUGCUGUCCGAGUCCGAUGGCGCGUUCUACGCGUUCACGGGCGUGAUGCUGGCUCUGUACGUAGUGCCUGCCACUCUCUUCACGAUCUACCGCGUCGUUCGCACCCCCAAGAAGCUGCGUUCUCGCGGAUUCGCACUGCAUUUGGCGCUAUUGGCCGUGGCCUGUGGUCUGCUUUGGCGCUGUCUCUCUGCUCUACAGAGCGUGGACACAUCGGGUGUGUUCGACCCGUACGAGAUCCUAGGCGUGAGCGACUCGGCUUCUUCCCGUCAGAUCAAGAAAGCUUUCCGCGCUUUAGGGCGACAGCUGCACCCUGACAAGAAUCUUCACAACCCGCGGGCUGCAGCCCAAUUCGCACGCGUCACCAAGGCGUACGAGGCGCUCACGGACCCGCAAAGCAUGGAAAAUUACCGCAAAUACGGUCACCCAGAUGGCCGUCAGUCGAUGCUCAUGGACGUGGCCUUCGCCUCCAUGUUCAGCGGCACCAGCGGCAGCACCGGGUCCGUGUUCGUGUUAAUGUACUUCGGCGUCAUCUUCGCAGGUCUCGCGUACCUCGUCUACUGGCUACAGAAAGGAUCUGGCCGCAGUGAUCGUACGCAGAUUUCUCGUGCUACUCAUGCAAGCUUCAUUGAAGCUUUGACGGAGAAAAUGAGUGUCCACGACGUGGUGGAGCUGCUCUUGUCCUGUGACGAGAUGGCUGGACCCGCAGCUGGAAUCUUAAAUGACGCACAAAAUGAGGCCCAACUCCGCGCUAAGACGCACGAUAAGCUUGCGAAGAAGAUGGAGGCAGCCAAGGCUCUGCCUGGCGAGGUCAUUAGCCGCAUCCGCAAGCACCCGAACCCCGUCGCUCGCGAGAAUAUGCUGGCGCUGUACCAGUAUCUACGCCGAGACAAGCUUAGAGGUGUGUCCCGUCCAUCGUGGGUGGACCAGAGAUUCCAGAAGGUGCUUCUGGAGCUGCCGUUCCUGGUGGAUAUCUUCGCGACGAUGGCUGCUGAGCAGCUGGUGAAACGCGCGUACCCUGCCAUGCCGCUGUUGCGUGCGCUGUCGCUGUUGUCUAGCAUUGCACAGGGAAGCUUUGUACCCGAUGAGGCGGCACUGCGCGACCAGAACGAGCGUAUUGCUGCGGUGGAAGGUCGACUACCGAAGCUGCACUUGGAAGGCACGACGCUGGCUGUUCUGGACGAGCCCAACAUUCAACCUGGAGACUGGCUCACUCUGCAGACAACUCUGCAACGCCAACAUCUGGAAGCAGGCGAGAAGGCUUCUCUGGCUGCUACAGUGUACGAUCAAGUUGAUCCGAAGAGCCCGUUCCGCAAGGAGCACGUGUGGUUCCUCGUCAUGGACAAGGGAACUGGCCGACUGUAUAAGGCUUGGAAGUGCCUGGAUCUAUCCCAACUAGUCGAACAGAAGGCAGGAUUCUUAGGCCCCGAGGCUCCUGGCAAGUACGAGUUCGAGGUUCGCGUAGUGUGCGCAUCUUAUCUGGACGUGCAGACUAAGAUCACCCUGCCUAUUGUCGUGGAGAACCGCUAGAGUUUUGGCUUAUGAUGAUCCGACGGUUUGAGAAACAAGUAAGGAGCAAGGUCGACAUGCGUUCAAGUAACAUGUAUUGUCGAUAAAGAAACCCAAUCGUUUGACGUCGACAGCUACAGUAUCGACUUCCUAGAACGGCCUCUCUAACCAUAAAGCACGUCGAUCUACCACUUGGCACGUAGCUCGUUGGGGAACGCCGUCACGAAGUCCAGCCACUUCUCCACGUUCGGGUACUUCUUGAGGAUGUCCUUGCCCACAACCUUGACACGUUCGAACACGGCUGUGUCGUCCUUCGACGGGGACGAGCCAUUCACGAACGUGGAUCCAGCCAGACGCUUCUCCAGCACGUCCAGAGCCACCGAGCCCGUGGAGGAGAUAAGCGAAGCCGAACCGCUAGCCGACGGGGCCGGAGCAGCCUGCUCGUCCGGCUUCAUGGCAGGGAAGAGCAGCACUUCCUUGAUGUUGAAACGGUUGGACAGGAACAUGGUGAGACGGUCGACGCCGCAGCCCCAGCCGGCAGUGGGCGGCAGGCCAUACUCCAUAGCCGUACAGAAGGACUCGUCAUGCGGCUGGGCCUCGUCGUCACCGGCCGCGGCCUGUUCCAUCUGCUCGAUGAAUCGCUCACGUUGCACCUUGGGGUUGUUGAGCUCUGUGUAGGCAUUACAGAUCUCGGCCCCCGCCAGGAACAGCUCGAAACGUUCGGUAAGUGCAGCUUUCUCACGGUGAUAUUUCGCCAGCGGCGAGUUGUACACAGGCUGGUCCAUGAUGAAGAACGGCUUGGUCCAGUAAGCCUUGUUGUCCUCGAUGAAGUGACCCACCAGCUUGUCAAGCAGACGCGCAAUCGAGCGAGGCGGAGCGCACUCCAGCUCGUACUUGGUCACCAGUUCUUCCAAGAUAACCAGACACUUCUCGGGCUCAUCAAUGGGGAUCUUAACACCCGUGGCCUCCUCCACAGCCGACACCAUGCUCACACGCUUGAACGGAGGCGUAAAGUCGAUCGUCACGGGCUCCUCACCAGGCUCCUUCUGGAUCGUGAUGGUGUAUCCACCCGUGAUCUCCUUGACCAUCUCAGAGAAGAGCUUCUCCGUCAACGUCAUGAGGUCGUUGUAGUCAGCGUAAGCCAUAUAGAACUCACAGCUAGUAAACUCGGGGUUGUGGGUCAGAUCGAUGCCUUCAUUACGGAACUGACGUCCGAUCUCGUAGACGCGGUCGAGUCCACCGAUAACCAGCUGCUUGAGGUAAAGUUCGGGGGCCACACGCAUGAACAGGUUCAUGUGCAGGUCGUUAUGGUACGUCACGAAAGGUUUGGCCGUCGCGCCGCCCACGAUCAUGUUCAUCAUGGGCGUCUCGACUUCUAGGAAGUUCUUGUCAUCCAGGAAACGACGGAUGAAGUUGAUGAUCUUAGCGCGAGUCUGGAACACGCCACGGCUGUCGUCGUUCAUGAUCAGAUCCAGGUAUCGCUGACGGUAGCGCGUGUCCUGCUGCAGCGUCAGACCAGCGUGGCUCUUGGGCAGCAUGUGCAUACACGGAGAGAGCAGCACCAGUUGCUGAGGGAAGAUGGACAGCUCGCCCUUCUUGGACUUGCCUGGGUGGCCCUUGACGCCCACAAUGUCACCACGACGAAGGAUGCUGUGGAUCUGGGCGAAGGCCUCGGCGCUCUCGUACGUUCCUACGUCCGACAUGAUCUGCAGCUUCUUGCCAUCCGCACGCAAGUCGUAGAAGACGAGCUUGGAGCCCGAUGCGCGCUUACUGUGCAGGCGUCCGGCCACAGACACGACCACAUCCGAGAGGUGGCUACCGGCCUCGGCGUCGCCGAACUGCGCAUGGAAUUCGGGUAGCGACGUGGACACAUGGAACUUGUGCGGGUACGGGUUGAUUCCCUGUUUCUCCAGCUCUACAAGCGUCUUCUCGCGGUUGGCGAAGUACGCGGUGGGGUCUAGUUCCUCAUCGUCGGUGGCAGCAGCCUUUUUAGGCUUGGAUGCGGCCUCGGCAGCCUUCUUGGCGGCCUUUUCGGCCUUGGCCUUGGCUGCCUUCUCAGCCUUCAGACGGCGCUUUAGCUCGUUCUUGCUGAUGGGGGCGGUGGCGUUGCCGGUGGGCGGGGCAGCAUCAGAUGGAGUACUCAUUUUCCCUGUCUUUGAGUCGCUUCCGGGCUACCACGAGAAUUGGAUAAUAACAGGCGAUCCAUUGGCUGAGACGACAAUUGUCCUACCCAUUUGAAAUGGUUAUUUGGUACAUGUAGUCAUUCAGAAAUGGGUAUUUUAUUUGGUGUGCGGUC